UAGCUGGUAGAUUUGACCACCGUUGAGUAUGUUGACUAGGGCUGACCAUAGAAUUAGGGUUCUUCUGGCUAUGGCGUGCGCCCGCGGGCACGCUCUUCUCCUUCUCCCCAAGGUGAGACACUACUCUUCUAGGGUCCUUGCCUGCGAGGGGUCUGCGAUUCCUGCCGCAUUGCCGACGGCCGCGUACGUGCAUCUCCCAUUCUGCAAGCGCCGAUGCCAUUACUGCGAUUUCCCGAUCGUCGCGCUGGGCGAGUCGAGCUCCAAUGCCGGCUCCACCAUGGAGAGCUACGUCGAUCUGGUGUGCCAGGAGAUCGCCGCCGAGCGCUCGCCUUCGAGAGGCGCUCUCCAGACGGUCUUCUUCGGUGGAGGUACGCCAUCGCUCAUUCCAAUCCCGCUGCUCCAGCGGAUCAUCCAGGCGCUGGAAGCCAAGCACGGCUUCUCGCGUGACGCACCGAUGGAAAUCAGCAUGGAAAUGGAUCCAGGAACUUUCUCCCGGGACUACCUCACGGAGGCGAUCCAGUCGUGCGGGAUCAACAGGGUCUCUCUCGGCGUCCAGGCCUUCGAUGACGAUCUCCUCAAGCUCUGCGGAAGAUCCCACUGCCUGGACGACGUCUUCCAGUCGAUCGAGUGGAUCAAAGACUCGCUGCAAAACUGGAGCUUGGAUCUCAUCUCCUCGCUCCCUCACCACACUCUAGCGUCAUGGAGGAAAUCACUCGAGCAAGCGAUCGCUGCGUCCCCGGCCCACGUCUCGAUCUACGAUCUCCAGAUCGAGCAAGGGACCAAGUUUGGGAAUCUCUACAAGCCUGGCAUGGAUCCACUCCCCAGCGACGACGACUCGGCCGAGUUCUUCAAGCUGGGAUCGUCAAUGCUCCGGGAAGCCGGCUACGAUCACUACGAGAUCAGCAACUACGCGAGGAAAGGCUUCCAGUGCCGCCACAAUCUCGUCUACUGGAAGAACCAGGGAUACUACGCGUAUGGGCUGGGAUCCACGAGCUUCGUGGAUGGAAAGAGGGUCAAGAGGAGCAAGAGAAUGAGAGAGUACGCCAAGUUUGUGGAAGCUCUAGCGGCGGGAUCACCUGUUCUUCCCGAAAGUUUGGAGGGAUCACGCACGGAAGCCGUUCUUCCCGAGAGUGUGGAGGAUCGGAUCCUUGACACCGUGAUGCUGGCUCUCCGGCUGGCGGAGGGGAUCGACCUGCGGCGAUUCGAGGCGGAGUUUGGGAGUGAAUUGGCAGGGAUCUUGUGCGAUGGGCUCGCGGAGUUUGUGGCGAGUGGGAAUGUAGUGUUCUUGGACGCGUCGAGGGAGUGUACGGCGGAGCGAGCGGGGGCUGUGUACGGCAGGCUGACGGAUCCAAAUGGAUUUCUAGUGUCGAACGAGAUAAUCUCGAGGCUCUUCUGUUUGGUAAAGUAAAAGAUUCGGAGAAUAUGCUCUUGCCACCUUUCUAAAGGUCUUAGGGCAUUGACUUUAAA